GCCAGGGCCCAGGUGGUGGUGGUCGGGGCCACCUUCCCCACGGGGCUGAGCGAGGUGCUGGGGAAGUUCACUGAUGUGGGCCGUUUUGUCACCAUUGCCACCCAGGGCCUGCACCGCCUGCCGCCUCACAUCCAGCAGAAGUUUGUCCGCCUCAAAGGCCAGGACAAGCUGCCCGAACUGCUGCAGCUACUCAAGGAGCACCCAGCAUCCGGCGGGGCUGUUCUCAUCUUCUGCAAGAGUGCCAGCACCGUCAACUGGCUGGGCUACAUCCUGGAUGACCACAAAAUCAAGCACCUGAGGUUGCAGGGACAGAUGUCAGCAGCUGCUAGAGCUGGCAUUUUUGCCUCCUUCCAGAAGGGUGACGUGUCUGUUCUCGUCUGCACUGACCUUGCUUCGCGGGGGCUGGACACCAGCAGUGUGCAGCUAGUGGUCAACUACGACUUCCCAGACACCCUGCAGGACUACCUGCACCGUGUGGGGCGAGUCGGACGGGUUGGAAGCAAGGCGCCUGGAGCUGUGGUUAGUUUCGUCACUCAUCGGUGGGAAGUGGACCUGGUGCGGAAAAUAGAGACUGCAGCCCGGAAAAGGACAGAUCUCCCAGGCAUGGACUCCUCGAUCAAUAAGCCUCCAGCUAAAGGAGGUUGA